GGCGGAAGAGGAGGCGGAGGGAGGAGCCGUGGCGAUCCCGGGUCGCGCAUUCAUCAACCGCGCGAGGCCGCGACCCCCCCCGCGGGCUUUAGGGUUGGACUCCUGGACAAGGGGCUGGGGCUAAGCGCUGCUGCUGGGCCAUGUGGACAGCAUCAGCAGGUGUUGUCAUCAUCAGCAGCAGCAGCAGCAGUAUCGUCAUCAUCAUCAGCAGCAGGAGCAGAGAAGGAGCCGAAGAAUGACUGUUUGGGAGUAUGCUGCCUCGGCGGCGAUGGUGCUGGGGGGAGCCGUGCCCUACCUGCCCCAGUUCCUCGCCAUUCGCCGCUCCGGGAGAACAGAAAACUUCUCUCUGCACGUCUGCCUCGUGGUGCUCACGGCCAGCGUGCUGCGCGUGGUGUUCUGGGUGUGGAAGCGCUUCGAGCUGCCGCUGCUGCUGCAGAGCGUGGUGAUGAUCGCCGUGAUGAUGGCGAUGCUCCACGUGAGCACGAGGGGGGGCACCACCGGUGGAGGAGGGGGCAGCCCCCGCGCCACGGACACGCGGCCACGCAGACUCGUCGCCCUGCGCGCAGAAGACUUCUGGCGCUGGGACUCGUUCUGGGACUUUGCUACGUGCGCCGCGGUGCUGAGCGUGGCCGCGGCCGUGGCGAGCGCGUGGCUUUGCCGCGGCUCCCCCUGGGCCGUGGAGGUGCUGGGCGCCGGCGCCCUGCUCUGCGAGGCGAUGCUGGGCGCCCCGCAGCUCUACCGCAUCCACCGCGCGCGUUCCGCCGCGGGCAUGAGCGUGGCCAUGGUGUUGCUGUGGCUGGUGGGAGACGUCUUCAAGACGUUCUACUUCGUGGCGAACGCGGCGCCGCUGCAGUUCCGGGCGUGCGGAGUGACCCAGGUGUGCAUGGACGUCGCCAUCCUGGCACAGGUGGCACGCUACGGCCACGCGGGCACCGGGGGCGCCGGACGUCACGCGGGGGCUGGGGGGUCGGCGGGGGCCGGGCGGGGGGGCCAGGAGCAGCAGCAGCAGCACUUCAGGGAGGUCGUCACCGGAUCUCCCGGCUCGGAAGUUUGA